GCCGACGGCGAGCUGGACGAGGUGGACCACUGCGCGCUGGGCGACACGAUCGGGGACGCUGCUCGUGGAGGCGUGGGUGCUGCGGGUCGAUCCGUGCGGGAGAUCGGCCUAACCUCGUGCGAACCGCUGAUCCCAAAGCGGCUCUCGCCAAAGCCCCACGCCGCCGACGCAGAGCGGGAUGUUGUUGUGAUGGGCGACUCGGUUCUCGUGACGGCAGACCUGGAGGGGCCAGCCGCUCCCCAUGCGCUGGGCACGGAGGCCGACGACGCGCUGGACGAGGUGGUCCACCACGCGCUGGACGACACGAUCAGGGAUGCGGUACGUGAAGGCGUUGGUGCUGCGGGUCGAUCCGUGCGGGAGAUCGGCCUAGCUUCGUGCGAACCGCUGAUCCCAAAGCGGCUCUCGCCAAAGCCCCACGCCGACACUGAGCGGGAGUUUGAGGUGCUGGGCGACUCGGUCCUCGUGGCGGCAGACCUGGAGGGGCCUGUCCCGUUGGGGGCGGCGCCUCCAGGUCCUUCGGCUGGCCCAGACAGUUGCCCGCACCCUGUGAUAAAUUGCGGGAUGGCAGAGUUCGAAGGGGGGGCGAGGUGCGCCACGGGCGCGGAGUCUUCCUCGCCUCCCCGUGGCCUCCCAGUGGACGCGACCUUCCUCGACAAGGUCGCCUUCCUCCUCCGCGCUGCCAGCGGCGGCAUCGUCUCGGACAUGGAGGACGAGGUCGGCCAGACCGUGAAGCGGCAGCGCCGAGCGGCGGCCGCUGUGCCCGCGGGCCGUGGCCAUCGCCCCAGCAGCUGGCCACCGUCGGCCACCCGCGGGGCGCCUGCGAGCGGUCCGCCCGCCAAGCGGGCGCGGGCCAGCGCCGCGCCGAGCCUGCCCCGCGCCUCGCGAGCCGCCGAGGGCGGCGACCGCUGA